GUAGGAGGACAGCGCAUGCGUGACAUUCCACACCGGAAGGCGUUUCUCAGUAAAGUACCGAGUGAUUCAUCUACUCAAACACAGACGAUCUUCGCUGCAACUCUUCUGACAGCUAGCAAGCAACCCAACAACGCUCCAAACAAACUGUCCUACAGAGCUGGGUGGAUAGGAGAGGGACGGGGAGAGCUUUAAUCUUGGUCUCCCCAGCCAACCCUGAGAAAACCAGCUAACCAUGGAUGACAGCUCCUCACUGGGCAAAGUAAGCAGCUCUACAGAGUCCGUGGCCACCGUCACCAGUGAGGAGUUUGUUCUGGUACAGUCCAGCGCUGCUGGGUCACCACAUAGCUCUGAGGGCAAACCAAGACUGAAGAUGUCUUGGAAUGGGAGUGAGCAGUUGGAGAAAGCCAUGGAGGAAGUGUUGGAUGAUGACGAUGAUGAAGUGAAGGUGGAAAAGAGCAGCGUGGAAAAGAUGGAGAAGCACAAGGACACAGAGAGCCAACCUCCAGAGGCAUCAGCAUGUCCGGCACCAUCCAGCCCCACUGUCCUGGAAGAAGACAGCGUUCAGUUUAACAAGCUGUCCUACCUGGGCUGUACCUGGGUCAAAGCCCCACGCAACGAAGGAGAGGCACAGAGGGCAAUGGCCACCCUGCGAGCUGAGAGUGCCAUCCCCAUCCCCAUCACCCUGCAUGUUCCCUGUGGACCAGAUGGCUCUGUCAGGAUUGUGGACCAGGCCACAGGUACAGAGAUUGCCUCCUUCCCUCUAUACAAGGUGUUGUUCUGUGCUCGUGGACAGGAGGGCUCUGUGGAAAGUGACUGCUUCUCCUUUACUGAGAGUUACCGGAGUUCUGAGGACUUCCAGAUUCACGUCUUCUCCUGCCACAUCAAAGAGGCUGUUAGUCGCAUCUUGUACAGUUUCUCUACAGCCUUUCGGCGUUCUUCGCGGCCGGCAGAUAUCAGGGACGCAGGGAUGUGCAGUCUUCCUGACAGUAACCUCUACACCUUCACUGUCUCACUGGAGAUAAAAGAGGAUGAUGGCAAGGGCAACUACAGUCCAGUCCCUAAGGACAGAGAUAAGUUCUACUUCAAGCUGAGGCAGGGUGUCCAGAAAAAAGUUGUUGUUUCAGUUCAGCAGAUGUGCAACAAGGAGUUGGGCAUUGAGAGGUGUUUUGGGAUGCUGCUGAGUCCAGGUCAGAAAGUUUGCAAUAGCGACAUGCAUCUCCUAGACAUGGAGUCGAUGGGAAAGAGCUCUGAUGGGAAGGCCUACGUCAUCACAGGAACAUGGAACCCCAACAUGGCGGUCUUCCAGCCGCUGAAUGAAGACACACCUAAAGAUAAGCAGGUUUACGUAACAGUGGCAGUGGACCUGGUAGUGACUGAGGUGGUGGAGCCAGUUCGUUUCCUGCUGGAAACUUUGGUCAGGGUUUAUCCGUCAAAUGAACGUUUCUGGUACUUCAGCCGUAAGACCUUCAGUGACACCUUCUACCUCAGCCUCAGACAGCAAGCACCAGACAGGAUGGGUCAGAGCGAUGCUGUGUAUGAGGUGGUGAGUCUUCAGAGGGAGGCAGAGAGAAGCAAUGAAGGAACAGGACAACUGGCCUCACCCACUGAGGAAGAGGAGGCUGAUGAAGAUAGUGACAGUGAAAUCUACAGUGGGACAGGAGAUGUUUCCAAAGACUGUCCUGAGAAAACCCUGGAAUCCUGGGGAGCAAUCCUCAACAGAUGGCAUGGGAACCUGUCCAGUCGUCCAAAGGGUUUGCCCUCGUUGGUUCGCAGUGGUGUUCCUGAGCCACUAAGAGCAGAAGUCUGGCAGCUGCUGGCUGGUUGCCACGACAACCACGACAUGCUUGAGCACUACCGCAUCCUCAUCACCAAGGAUUCAGCCCAGGAAGGUGUCAUCACCCGGGACAUCCACCGCACCUUUCCCGCACACGACUACUUUAAGGACUCUGACGGAGAUGGACAGGAUUCACUGUACAAGAUCUGCAAGGCCUACUCUGUCUACGAUGAGGAAAUUGGUUAUUGUCAGGGUCAGUCAUUCCUUGCUGCUGUUCUCCUGCUGCAUAUGCCUGAAGAACAGGCCUUCUGUGUGUUGGUGAAAAUCAUGUAUGAGUAUGGCCUCAGAGCUCUCUAUAAGAACAACUUUGAAGAUCUUCACUGCAAGUUCUACCAGCUGGAGAGGUUGAUGCAGGAACAGCUUCCAGACCUGUGGUCCCACUUUCAGGAGCUGAACCUGGAGGCACACAUGUACGCCUCCCAGUGGUUCCUGACACUCUUCACUGCCAAGUUCCCCCUUUGCAUGGUUUUCCACAUCACUGACCUGCUGCUCUGCGAGGGUCUGAACAUCAUCUUCAAUGUGGCCCUGGCCCUGCUCAAGACGUCUAAAGAGGAUCUCUUGCAGGCGGACUUUGAAGGCGCUCUCAAGUUCUUCAGAGUCCAGCUGCCUAAACGCUACAGAGCUGCGGAGAACGCCCGCAGGCUUAUGGAGCAGGCCUGCAACAUCAAGGUUCCAACCAAAAAGCUGAAGAAGUUUGAGAAGGAAUAUCAGACACUGAGAGAGAGCCAGCUACAACAAGAAGACCCCAUCGAUCGAUACCAGAGGGAGAAUCGUCGUCUUCAAGAGGCCAGUAUGCGACUGGAACAGGAGAACGAUGACUUGGCCCAUGAACUGGUCACCAGUAAGAUUGCCCUUCGGAAUGACCUUGACCAGGCAGAAGACAAGGCAGAUGUUUUGAACAAAGAGCUGCUGAGCACCAAGCAACGUCUGGUGGAGACAGAGGAGGAAAAGAGACGACAGGAGGAGGAGACGGCUCAGCUGAAGGAAGUGUUCAGGAGGGAACUGGAGAAAGCAGAGUUGGAGAUCAAGAAAACCACAGCGAUCAUAGCUGAAUACAAACAGAUCUGUUCCCAGCUGAGCACCAGGCUGGAAAAACAGCAGGCAGCCACAAAAGAAGAGCUGGACAUUGUCAGGAGUAAAGUAAUGGGCUGUGAGCACUGUAGAGACCUGUUCAGCACCCUUGGGACCCUCCAGACAUCGUCACCUGGCAGGGACAAAACAGCAUCGGGGCCGCUGGACGAGGAGAAGGAUGGACUGAAGGAACAGCUGAGGCAUCUGGAGCUAGAGCUGGCACAGACCAAACUGCAGCUGGUGGAGGCCAAAUGCCGCAUCCAGGAGCUUGAGCACCAGCGGGGAGUCCUGAUGAACGAGAUCCAGGCAGCCAAGAACUCAUGGUUCAGCAAGACUUUGGGAUCCCUGAAGAGCUCUUCCUCCUCUUCCUCCAGCUCCAUGUCUCAGACUCCCUCAUCUCCAAAGGAAGGCCCUGCCUAGAGUAACCCACCCUCCCCGUCUCUCCCCCCGUGGGAUGCACACUAGAGCUGAGGAACACAUGUUGAAGAAACAAGCAGUGGAGAAUGCAGUAUUCCUUUUCCAGCCGGUGGCAAAGUGGAGCUACCUGGCUUCCUGGACUGUGAAUAGCUGAAAAAUUGAGGCAAGAAACUGGACUGUUGGACUGUUAAAGUGAACUAGAAAGUAUCUAUUGACCUUCUGUGCUUCACAGGUGAUGAGACAGGUGAGUCUGCAAGUUAAUUUAGAGUUCAGUGGUCAUUGCUGACACUGUUUUGUUGAGUUACAUCUCUAAAAACUCAUGAAAAGAAAGCUGAAUUAACACAUAAUGUUCCUUCUCAAGGUCAAGAAUUUAGCUCCACCUUGUGGCCAGUCGUUGCUACUGCAGAAUUAUAGCAAUUUAUCUGCAUAAAAUAGGUUGCUGAGAAUUUAACCUGCAUUCAGUCUUACAACUAGAUGAUGGUGAAACAGCCACGUCACAGUGGUAUUAUAAGUUUACUGCUUAAAAAUAUAGUGAUAUGGCUCAGCAAAGCCACAGCACUCUGAAAAGGAAUACUGCAUUGAAUCUUAAACCAGAACAACACGAAAGUUGUAUUUCUUUAUAGUAAUAUAACGUAAACAAUGUUGUCAUAUAAAUAUGUAUAACUAAUUAUUGAUUUUUUUAUUAAUCUUGUACAGUUCUUUAAGAGAAGUCAAAAAACAAGGAAAAGGUUCUUUGUUAAAUUUUUUUUCUACUGUUCGGAAUUUGAAUGUCAUCUCUCUAGAUGUUGACGUAAGCACAGUGUGUGGUCUGGUCGAGUCCAAACGCUGAAGAGCCAAAAAGUGACAAAUCUGCAGAAAUCUCAAUGGUAGUUAAAGGCCCUACUGAUUCAAGCUGUGUAAUAUUACUCUAAAAUUCACCAACUUGAUUUUUCUUCUUAAUUUCCAAUUCCAGCUCUUGCCUGUAAGUAUUUAACUGGCAUUUCUGUUCUAUGUUUAUGUCACUGGAUACCGAUUGUGAAAUGUUUGGUUAGCUAUGAUCACAACAGAAAUGGGCUCUCUGUUCCCUUUCUGUGUUGGUUCCGUCCUUUUUAUAUUUUUAAUGAUUCAGUUUAAUUCAUAGUCAACACAAUAUUCACAGUUUGUGUAACAGAUGAGACACAUUGGUAGUGAUGCAGAGCUGAUAAUGAGAAGUCACUAAAAAUGUUUUUAAAAAAUACACAGCUGCACGUUGACACUGGUUACAUGUGUUUAGUUUUAAAAUGUGUUAAAUCUGCCCCUUUUAUGCUCAUUUGUUUUAAGUUUGAUCUAGCAGUGCAGGUUUCUCUCUGUAACUGCGUAGUUUUAAGACAUCGGGGCUGGUGUUACACAUUUUCUGCUGUUCAUUCUUCGAAAGAUUUUCAAAGCUGCGACCACAGAGCCAGAUAACACUGUCAACAUGAAGAAACUGAGUGUAUCAGUCUGCAUUAUGUGAUGUUUUGUGUCUUGCCAAUCUGAUGUUCUGCACCUCUUUAUACUGUUAGUGUCAUCUAAAACUCACUGUAGAUACCAAAGUCAGCACAUUGAAUCAGUCUAUUAUACCUUUAUAAUACAGUGAAGGCUUGAAACUAUGUCGUGUUUAUGUCCAAUAUAGUUGCCAAACAGUCAUAAGGCCAUUUGCACAGCUGUGCCAACAGGUUAAAGGAAUUUAGUCUUUUGUCAGUUUAGCCUUUUAGGCAUGACAACAUACUCUGGAUAUCAACAUUUCUUCAUUUUCAGCACUAUUGCUCAGUGCAAACAUUUUACUAUAAACUCAAUUGAAUGAUAGCAGUCAACUAGAAAGAAAUCCUAAAUGAUGUGCAGGUAAAUCUGGCAGUUUUCAUCAGGAAAUAAGUCAAAUUCAUGAACAUUUGCCAGGUUUCCAUAUCACUUUAAGUUAAAUGUGAUUUGUUUUCUAUAGGAAUGGAGGCUGUGAGUAAGAUGAACAGCAGAAAAUGACUUUAAAGAUCAACCAACCACCAUGAGCUACUGAUUUAUAAAGUAAAGGAAAAACUACUAACAUUUGAUACGUAUUAGCUGCAGUUCAGGCGCAAACAGGCCUGCUUUACUGACACUGGUAUCAGCCUUUGGACUCUGACCAAGCCCAUGUGUAAUUGUUUGCGUGUGUUUGGAUGUAUGUAUGUACGUGUGUUCUGCACUGUAACUCAAGUGGUUGAAGUUGAAAUGGUUUCUUCUUCACGUGGCUGCCUUUUCUGUUGAUGACUGAAGCCGUUGACUGGUUGAAAUAUCAGAGAGCGUCAGCUGUGCUACUACAGCCUCGCUGAGAGGGCGACCUCCAUUCUGCUCCGUCCACACUGGUCUUCCUCUGUGCUCCCAAUGACCUGAACCAACCUCACCAAUGACCAUGUCAUCUGAUCUUCAACAAAGAUCUUCUGAUGACCAUUUUUCAGCAGUGCCCUUCACACAAUUCCACUCAGAGCUUCCUAGUACAUCCACCAUCUUCUGCUGGUGGCCACUGAACAGUUCAACAGGAGAAAAUUCAAAAACAUCAUGGAAAGGGAGAAAAAAGAAGUUGACAGGCUGAAUAAGUUUGAUAAGUGUGUUUUGUAUUUCCAGGACAUUCCUUCUUCAUUAUUUUGCAUCAUUCUUGUCAGUCACAUCUGUGACAGUUACUAAAUCGUACAAGCAGUGUCAUGUAAACUGUGGCCAAGCUGGAGAGAGCUCCUUGUCUUUUAUGUGCACUAACAACAUUGAUAUUUUAAACACUAUUUCAAGAUGUGUGUUUGUUUAAAAGUUAUCCUGAGCACAGACCAUGAUUAUUUUUUAACUGAUGAUUAUUGUUGCAGAGAGGACAGCUGCCAAUUUAUUAUCCACUCUAAUUCAGUUAAUUUCAAUGCAAAAGCAGACGGUGAGUCAGAUUAGAGGUGUGAUGUGUGUUGUGUUGUUAACAGUUUGUUGUAAUAUCACAGUCCAGUUACACAGAGGAAGUGCUCCUCUACUGGUCCGACUCCAGAACUGUUUGCUGUACAGUAACUGUACUGUAACUGUCUGACCUGCAUUAAUAAAUUUCAGUUCUUCUGUUCA